AUGAAUCGACUAUUUCCGAAGACAAGUGAAAAUGAUCUGUUACAUUCAACAAAUUCAUAUAGCACUUACUCGCAAUCUCCGUUAUAUUCGGCAUUCGGUAACCGCUCGUCGAGUUCGGCCGACUCCACGUCGCCAGAGUCCUACUCUGAUCUUUUCGCGCCGAGGCCAGCAUCUGAACUGUACAACGUAAGAUCCGACACGCCGGUCCAAAGCUUACCUUGUGCGAUACCGACGAGAAAACAGCGCGCUAUCGUGGGAAGGAAAAUUUUGGGUAACACCGAGCAUACGCAGCGUUCGCAUGCGAAUAAAACAGCCGAACAGGAAUUCGCUUUGAGCAAUGCUUGGGCCGACAACCUCUCUAUCACCCCACCGGGUGCUUUCGAGCAAAAAUAUCCAGGAAGAAAUUACGAAUUGUUCCCGAACGAUAAGGGCUACGUUCCGCGAACUCCAAACAAAAAUAUCAUGACGAGUUUGACCCCUACCGCGUCGAAUAUGUCGCCAACGUUCUCAGCUACGUCCGGAAUGUCCAUAGCAUCGGCGCAUUCGCCUCAACCGAUGCACGUUUUCGGCCAGAGGUACCCAACGCCUCCGCGGUUUACCGGUUUCUCGCCACCGACAUACGGGGCCGGUUCCUCGAAGGCCGACGAAAUCGGUGCGUCGAAGAUGUGCACGUUCUGCCGCAAGAACGGUGAAACCGCACUGGUUUAUAUGAACCACUCGGUGAAGGAGAAGAUUGGCAGCCAAAAUGUUGUCACAUGUCCAAUAUUGAGGUCGCACGUCUGCUCCAUGUGCGGCGCGACUGGCGACACUGCCCAUACAAUG